AUGGGUGCCGACUCAGGAGUCCGAGAGCCCCCCCGGGUGAGAUGGGUGCCGACUCAGGAGUCCGAGAGCCCCCCCGGUCCCCUGGGGGCCCGCAGCCACUCGCCACCUGGCAUGGGGCCGUGGUGUGCCCUGUGGGUGGUGCUCACCCUGCUGAGGGCCGUUCAGGACAAAACGUCGACCUCCGUGGCGGCCUCAGGCACGCCCAGUCUGCUGGACUUCCAGAAAGACCAGGUGCGGAGCCACGGGGAGGGGCAGCCUCAGGGAGGGGGCAGCUGGACUGGCAGACCCAGUCCAGGUCCCACUGCCGGUGAGAGGGGCUCGGGCUGCCUGCAGGACAGGGUUCAAGGGGGCUCCCUGCAGUUCCAGGGGGAGUGGUAUGUGGUCGGCCUGGCGGGGAACGCCUUCAGGAAGGAGGACAGGGAAUUACUGAAUCCUUACACUGCAACUUUCGAGCUAACAGGAAACGGCCACAUUCAAGUGUCAUAUGCCAUGACCCGGGGCCAGCGCUGUGUCACCUGGGCUUACACACUGAAUCCUGCCAGCCAGCCUGGGCACUUCGAGGUGGACAAGAGCAGGGACCCACAGGCGGACAGUGAGGAGGUCCAGGUGACUGACAGCGACUACACCACCUUUGGGUUGAUGCUGUCCCGCCGCAACUCGAUGGGCCGCAUUAUCCUCAGGAUCACCCUGCUGGGUGAGCCUCCUGGCCGCGGGGCUGUGGGGAGAAGGUGGGGAGGGGAGGAGGAGGGACCCCUGGACUCACCUCCUCACCGGGCAGGGCAGGGGCUGGUUGUGCUCACGGCCUCAGGCAGGAGCUGGACGCUGCGUCCCGAAGCUCUGGACAAGUUCAUCUGCCUGGUCCGGGCUCACCACCUCUCAGAUGAGCAGAUUGUUUUUCCAGCUGUGAUCGGUCACCUGUCCCUGGCCACCUCCUCCCCACACCCUGGGACCCCUUGUUCCCGGCCACUGCCCAAGUCCCCCCAUCCCCGGCUACCUCCCCCCAACCCCCAACCCCCCUGUCCCCAGCCACCUCCUCUCUACACUGCCUAG